GCCCCACUCCAGCGGGAGCUGUGUUUUUCUAACAGCACGUUGCCUCCAGCCAGCAAACACCUCCCACCCAGCGCUGCAGCGUACUUCGCUGGUGGGACCUCGAUGGUAUUUUGCUGGGGGAGGCCGGUACAGACCGUCUCUCUCGCGCAGUCUCUGCGGGGGACGCAGGAGGGGACCCCUGCCGCGCACUGACACGUGUAGCCCGGCGUUCAGGGGAGAAACGCCUCUACCCGCGCCUCAGGGAGGCUGGAUUGGGGGUGCUCGGAGCUCCCGCCAGUGAGGCCCGCGGCGGGCGCGUGGGAGGCCCCGGCCCGGAGCUCUCUGGGACCGGCUGCGGAGGCAGGGGGAUAAUCCAGCCCCGCCGGCGAGCCGCGUCCUUCCCUCUUCGCCGCCCCAGCGCGAUAGCGGCAGCAGGGCGCUGCCGUGCCCCCUCCCACGCCCGCCUCCUUCCACGUCUGGCCGCGGCCGCUCCCCGGGGCACCGGCUAUAAGAGGCUCCGGCUGGGGCUGGCGGCAGAUGCUGGCGGCACAAGGCGGUGGGGAGGGGCGGGAGCCUGCGGCCAUGAAGUCCCCGCAAGCUAAGAGCGCGGCCGGCAAAGGCUCCGGUGACGGUCUCCCUCGUGCUCUCCCGCCCGGCCCGGGCUCGGGCCCUGCCGCCCUGCGGGCGGAUGCCGGGGAGCUGGCGGAGGUGCUGGGCGAGUUCGAUGCCGUGAUCGAAGACUUCUCCUCGCCCGUCAGCAAGCGCCACUUCCAGUACGAGGAGCACCUGGCGCGGAUGAAGCGGCGGAGCAGCGCCAGCGUUAGCGACAGCAGCGGCAUGAGCGACUCGGAGAGUGCAGAUUCACUCUACAGAAAUAGUUUUAGCUUCAGUGAUGAAAAACUUAACUCUCCAACAACGUCAAUUCCAACUCCAACUUUACCAUCUCCAGCAGUAACUCCUUGUAAAGCAAAGCUUGGGGACACAAAAGAACUAGAAGACUUUAUUGCUGAUCUUGACAGGACAUUAGCAAGUAUGUGAAGCAAAGGGAUUUUUGGCAUCAUCCCUGUCUACAGAUAAUUCCUUGAAAGAUGCAAUGAAGACCUAGUGUGUGGAUCACUGAAAGCUGCUGCCAUGUCUGACAACUGUCAACUUUGCUAUCCAGCAUAUUCAUCUUCUGAACAUAACAAUAGUCACCUUCUCUAAGCAUUUAACUGAUGACAUCAGUUUUGUUACUUUGCGGCAGGCAGGAUCAGAUAAUUUAAAUGUGCUGUUACUAUAUUUUUUCUUAAAAAUAUAGCUUAAAUUUUAAUUUAAAAUUGCUUUUAUGAAAAUAUAUUUGUAAUUUUAUAUAGUUGGAAACUUCAAUGCUUUUAAUAUAUUUUUGUAUACAAAUAAAACCUGAACUGAAA